CAUAACAGUUAAAAACUGAAUACGAAAUCGCCGGCGGAGAAACACAACUUUCCGGUAACCAAAUGGUGAUGACCGGCGACGGUUAUGGUAUCGGAGUGGACGAAUCGUAUCGUUCGCUUCCGUCCCUCUACUUGACCUUCUUGUCGAUCUGGUUCGUCUCUGCUUGCUCUUGGACCGCUUACACCUAUAAAAGCCGCCAUUUUCAGUGGAAUAAAUUGCAGUGGACACUUACUUCGGUUCCGUUGAUUAAAGCAUUGCAGCUCAUGCUAUCCUUCCUCUUCUGGUAUUCAUGCUUCAACUUCCAGGCAUGCUCUUUGUGGAUGUCAUUUGGGGUGUAUGUAACAGGGGUGCUAUUUCAGACAGCUGCUUUUGUCUCCUUUUUGCUCAUUUCUCAUGGUUACUGCAUCAUGUGUGAGCAUCUUUCUUUAAAUGAACGCCGUUCGACUGCCGCUCUUGCAUGUGUCUUUUACUUGACUCUAGUUGGUUACAGGGCUUGUGUGCCAUACUUCACUGUGCUUCUGCUACUAAAUUAUUUUAUUUCAUUCUAUAUAAUAUUCCACCAUAUAUCCCAAAACCUACUAGUAUUGCGAGAACAAUUGAGCAUUAUAGAAAAUGAGGAUGUUCAGGCAAUGCACGAUGCUGUUUAUAAGAAGUACACAAUGUUCAAGAAAUUUCAGGGUGCAAUGCAGAUAGUAGCAAUGGCAGAAACUAUGAUAUAUAUGAACAUGGAUGACUCUUCAGAGAAUUACUGGCUUCGCUUAAUGAUCAGAGAAUGGACACAGUUCUGCAUCUUUGUGUACAUUGGAUGGAUUUUUAGGUCACAAGAUUUGGCACCACACUUCUCUGUUAUGCCUUCCACAAAGUGUAAAGACGAGACUCUGGUGCCUCCCAUCUAUAGAAUUGAAAUGGAUGCAGCAACGUUCAAAGAAUUUAGUAGUCAUGAAUGGCACAUUGGGGUGCCAACUUCAACUACUCAUGAAGAAAGCUCCAAAGAUGAAGUUAUAGUAAUAAUUCAGCAUCCUCGUGCACAGAGACUAAGAAAGCCCGAUGCUUUUUCUCAUAGCGCUGACUGUUUUGUUGUGUCAGAUCUCAAUACAAAUUCAUCUUCAUGCCAAAUAUAACAAAUGAAUGGGUACGAUGGUUUAUUUAUGUUUAAUUAUCGCACCACCACUUCUUUUUUGCUCAGUUUAGGAACCAGGAGUUAAGGGUAAAAUAGUGAGUUUUAGCUCGUUUACCACAGGGUAGUGACAGCUGCAAAUAUGUAUCAAUACAUUUAUCAAAGUAGUGAUAAGUGUGUAUAUUCUUCUUGAUU